UAUUCGUGGUCAUGUGAUCUCUGUGUUCGGUGCAGUAUUUUGAAACAUCGCGUCGGAGGCUCGACACAGCGAAGAAACGCUUUUCAAGCGUCCCAUCCCUGCCAGAAACUCGGCCCCCUUCGCGCAUGCGCUCUAUAGUCAUCACAGUAUGAGGAGUGCAGAGAACAAGUAACGUCAGAGAUGAAGACACCUCCGGACCGAUCAGGCAUCACAUUUGAAGUCGGAGCCAAGCUAGAAGCUCGAGACCACCACAAGAACUGGUACACAGCCACCAUUGAGAAGAUUGAUUAUGACAAAGAGCGGGUCCUGAUCCACUACCUGCAGUGGAGCCGUCGCCAUGACGAGUGGUUUCAGUGGAACUCACCGUACCUGCGGCCGAAGGAGCGAGUCAGCCUGAGGAGGCAGGGCCUGAAUCCAACGCGAUCACAGCCGACGUUUGUUUCAGGCUCAAAGGUUCUGGCCUGUUGGACCGACUGUCGUUUCUACCCGGCCAAAAUCCUCCGCGUCAACAAGGACGAAUCCUACACAGUGCGAUUCUAUGAUGGCGUGGUUCGGACUGUGAAGCCCACCAAAGUCAAACCUUUCCAGGAAAAAUCCAGAUCUGAGAAAAGUGCUGUGGGAAGCGAGGGAUGGGAGGAAGGUGAGAGUGAGGAGGAGGAAGGAGGAGAAGGACAGGAAGAAGAAGAGGAGGAGGAGAAAAAGGAGGAAGAGGAGGCAGAUGAGAAGGUGACAACAGAAGAGACCGAUGCAGCUUUGGAGAGGGAGGAGGACAGGAAGAGGAAGGCAGAACCUUCAUCCUCAAAUCCACCUGCCAAGAAGAAAACAGAUGACAGCAGAAGCAGUGGAACUCAGAAUCAGCCAAUCACAGCUGACUCCACCCCCCCAGCAGCAGCAGCACUUAACCCUGCCCACAUAGACAGAGAUGUCCUGCUGGAGCGUCAGGCUCACCUUCCCACCACACACAAGUUCAGCAGAGAACCAUUGUACAGGGUGAUAAAGAACCAGCCUCCACCCAUCCUCUCCAUUGAGCUGGACCACAACCCCUUCAAGUGCCCUGCUCCCGGGUGCACUAAGUCAUUCAGGAAGGCGAGCCUGCUGCACUACCACAUCAAGUACUACCACACCGACCAGCAGCUGGAGGAGCAAAGCAGCGCGGAGGAGGCCGUGAGGAGGAAGAGAUCUUUUUCAGAGGGCGGCGACUUGGUGUCAGACAGGAGGAGUGAGAACUCAACCAGCAGAGAACAUGGCAUCAUGGGAACAGUAGAAGCCAAGAAGGAUGGGGGGAAGGAGAAAACGGGAGGACUGGAUAAGAAGGAGAGGAAGAACUUCCUGCGAAUCAAACUGAAGAAGAAGAAAAAGAAGAAGAAGAAGAAGAAAAGUCAGACGGGUUUCUGCAGCAGCGACGAUGAGAGCUCAGACAGACCUCCGAUCACUCUCAAGCUCUCAACUGAACAUCACAACACACACGUGCAAGCCGACGAUGGCAGCGAUUGGUCAACGCUGACAGCAGAGAGUGGAGAGGACACGCCCUCCUGGCCUGUUGGCACGGAGACGGAGGAGUGUGAGGUGGUGAGGUGUGUGUGCGAGGUGGACGAGGAGAAUGACUUCAUGAUCCAGUGCGAGUCGUGUCUGUGCUGGCAGCACGGGACCUGUAUGGGUUUAUACGAGGACAACGUCCCACACAACUACAUCUGCUACUACUGCAGACAGACCGCAGGUUGGCGGUGUGCUCAGCGUUUCCGGUCUGAGCCCGACUUGUUGAAAUCCGGUCACAUGUUUGGCCUGUCGUGUGUGAAGGAGAACUACUCGGAGGUCAACGCCUCCAAGAUCUCACACACCAGCCACCUGCUGGCACACACGUACGGCAUCAGCCAGGUCCUCAGCGCCCUGCAACUCAAAAUCAGCCUGCUGCGCUCGCCGUCCCACCCCGACCAGCAGCUGUGGAGGUCACCGUGGAAGCAGGAGGAGAGGCACAGACUGACGUCCAGCCCGAGAGGAGAGCCGCCCGUCUGCUACGUCAGCAGCGAGCACUGCUAUCAGAAGCCCGGAGCAUCAUGGGAAAAAGGAGAGGAGCAGGAGAAAGAGAGGCCGAUGGUGACGGUGAAGCAAGAGCGCAGUGGCGAGGAGAAGGAAAUAAAACCUGAAGAUGUCAACAGGAGCGCAGCUCACACCGCCGCAGACAGAGACGCCACCGCACUCACAGAUGUGCACAACAUAAAAACAGAGAAUCACGCAGGCGGCGGCGAGCAGGCGCACACUCGGACGUGCGCAGCACAGCCUCGCGCGGCGUCGGUGGCCGAGUGUCAGCUGAACCUGCUGGAGCACAUCGAGUCCCUGCACCAGCAGAUCAGCGCCAGGAUGGACGUGAUCGAGAGAGAGCUGGACGGUAACGCACACGUUGAAUUUCUAGAGUCCUGGUUGGACCACUCCGGCGAGCUCGAGCCUCCUGACCCUCUGUCCCGCCUCCCGCAGCUCAAACAGCGAAUCAAACGGCUGCUGUGUGACCUGUGCACCGUGAGGCGCCUGUCGGUCUGCCGCUGACCGCCCUCCCUCUGAACUCUGACGAGACAAAGAGCGUGAAACUCUGAGUUGACUGUGGUUUGUUUCCCUGCAGUUACAGGACAGCGCCCCCCUGUGGUGGAGAAAAGGUGCUCUGCAACAAGAUGGUGUUUUUUUUUUUGUUUUGUUUUUAAUACAACGCGACUGUUCCUGAAACGCCUCCAGCAGGACUUGAGAGCCCGUGUGAGCACCAGGCGAGGACGAGUUAGGUCAUUGAUCAGCUGUCAUCCGUCUCAUCGGGACAGGAUGAUGUUUGUCUCUGUGGAGGCUGAACGGACGCGUCGUCUGCCAUCAGCUCGUUGUUUUUCUGCCAGCCAGCAUCGAAGUGUAACAACGCACACAAAGGAUUUGGAUAUCGUAUAUUUUCUAAUUGUACUAAUAUUGCCAGUACUAAUAAUUGUUUGUUUGAAAGACUCUUGGAGGGUUUUACAGUCUGGUGAGACCAGGAGGUUCUUAAGGGUUGGUGACCACUAACUGCCAGUUGAGCUAGUGCUAGUUAGUCGCAGCAGCUCUCAGAGCUCCUCUCUCUCUCUCUCUCUCUCUCUCUCUCUCUCUCUCUCUUUUUCAUCAUUUUAUUCACCAAUGAGGAGAGGAAGAACGCUACAAGCUGACUUAAAGGCCAGCUGUAUUAUUUUUAAAUCAUUGGUUCCUUUUUUUUAAUGUUAGGAAUCAGUGCGAUGUGGAGCAACAACAAAACGGCUUCAGUGUUCCUCAGGAAGGAUACCCUUCAAGCACCUUAUUUUCCUACCCACACAUAUUUAAUCUGACUAAUUUACUGCAGGACAUAUCCCUUACUUUUAUUUUGAAAGUCACUGCUUCAUUGUUGUGUGGUUCCUGAUGACUGAUGUCAUCACCGCUGGGGUGGGGCAGCACCACAGGUUAAUUAAUCAUUGAUCAAUAAUCAUUAUGCCCAGUGUGAGGCCAAACACCUUUAGUUUAUUUGUCACUUCCAGCAUGAAGAGACGUUUACACAUUUGUGUAAAGUCACGACUGAUUAUGACGACUCGUGAGCGUCUGUGGGACUCUGCAGCAGUUUCAGGUUUCAGCCUUUUUGCUCAGCAUUGGACUGAUUCCAAGCUUUUUUGUCUUCUGUAAUAAUUUAAACCCAGAAUGGAGCAGCGGGCUUUGUACCACACUGUGAACAGUGAGGCAUGUUUAGGCUGGUGUUAUACAAAUCUUGAAUAUGGUUCAGUUUUCAUGUACGUAAAGCUCUGAACCAGUCAACAAAGAUGCAGGAGGUCAUCACUGUGCAGACUGCAGCAACAACCAGGCAAAGCCUACUGGGGACUCAGUGGUGAGCAAUGGCCUUGAUCUGUCCCACGGGCCAUGGUUUGUUCCUGGUCUUUGACUGAAGGAAUGAUGUCACAGAUACAUGCAGCUGAAAGAACGUGUGGGCUCAGCCGUAGAGCGGACGAGGGGCUGUGGCGUCCCCGAGGGAGCUCAGAGUAGUCGCUGCACCUCCACGUCUAAAGGAGCCCGGUCAUGAAAAUGUUGCAGAGGGAGUCCACGCCCGGAAUACCUACUUAGCCCACUGCCACCAGCAGACGGGCAGAAGGAAGAUGGAAAAAUCAGCCGCAGGUUAACAGAUACUGAGGUUUUCCUUUCACGAGCUGUUUCAGUUGCUAAUUUGAAGUUGAUGCGGUCAGUUUAACCGUUUCAGACAACUAAAAAUUCUGCUCCUGCAUUUUUUACUCAUUCAGAAUCAAACAGUAUA